AUGGAUGGAUUUGGAUUAGAUAUGGUGGUGGCUUCCCCAAUUUCCAUAAAGAGCGAAAAGAUUCUACCCAUUGACCUUCCCGUGGUGGAUUUAUCUAGGGAAAGAUCAAUGGUGACAAAACUUAUAGUGAGAGCUUGUGAAGAGUAUGGCUUCUUUAACGUGAUCAACCAUGGCGUUCCUUGUGACACCAUAGCCAAAAUGGAAGAAGCAGCUUCUGAUUUCUUUACCAAACCAGUGGCCCAAAAGAAACAACUUCCCCUUUAUGGCUGCAAGAACAUUGGCUUCAAUGGAGACAUGGGUGAGAUUGAGUACCUUCUCCUCAGUGCUAAUCCUCCCUCCAUUACUCACUUCAACAAUAUCUCCAACAUGCCUUCAAACUUCAGCGCUACUGUGAGUGCAUACACAGAUGGAGUGAGGGAGCUGGCAUGUGAGAUUUUGGAGCUAAUGGCAGAGGGUCUGGGGGUCCCGGAUAUAUGGUUUUUGAGCAGGUUGAUCAGGGAGGUCGAUAGUGACUCAGUCCUGAGGUUCAAUCACUACCCACCUACACUUAACAAAGACUGCAAGGAUAAGGACAAGUCCCCCUCCCACAACCACACCAAGGUUGGCUUUGGGGAGCAUUCUGACCCUCAGAUCCUUACCAUCCUCAGAUCCAACGACGUGGAUGGCCUCCAAAUCUCUCUUCAAGAUGGGGUGUGGAACCCAGUUGCUCCUGACCCAUCAGCUUUCUGUGUUAAUGUGGGUGAUCUCUUACAGGUUAUGACAAAUGGGAGAUUUGUGAGCGUGAGACACAGGGCUGUGACAAACUCACACAAGUCUAGAAUGUCGGUGGCGUAUUUUGGGGGUCCACCACUUGAUGCAUGCAUUGUUGCUCCCUCAGUUUUGGUUACUCCCCAGAGGCCCUCCCUCUUCAAACCCUUCACUUGGGCUGAAUACAAGAAAGUCACCUACUCGAUGAGGCUGGGAGAACGCCGCAUUGACCUUUUCAGGAACUGCACCCAACUUGAGUAA